GACAGUUAGAAGUGAAAGAGCUUCAGCUGCUCAGAGCAGCGGCUCAGGUUCCUCCUCUAAUUAUCCAAUCAGCAGGCGGCUCCAGGUGUUCAGCAGCUUUAUCAUCCUCAGGUGAGGCGGCAGUCUGCAGCAGCUUCCAGCCGCUCUUCGGUGCUUCCCGGCGAGCAGAGAGCAGCGCAGUGGACCGGAGCAUGUCGGCGGCUAACAGACGGAUGACGAUGGCCUGGGUUUGGCCCGCUUUGGUGCUUCUAGCCCGGCUCACCACGGCAGAGGAACCGCGUCGGGACGCAUACGGAGCUUUGGCCGGCUCCGAGGCGCUGAUCUCGGACUCGGAGCCGCCGAUGGAGACCCGCAGCGGGGGAGGCUUCCUGCCGGUGCUGGUGUGGAAGUUUGUGAAAGAUGCUGCAGAUGCAUCAGAUUUGGGCCGACCGCAGUUUCUCUGCAGCGACACGUCACUCUCUGUUCGCUUGUCGCUCAUCCGAUACUCUGACCUGCAUCUGCAAGAUGGGAGGAGGUUGGCGUGGCUGCAGCAGGGAUGUGAUGGUUCUAUUGGGACUGUGGGGCCGUGGCUGCUGCUGAAGCUGCCUUACACCAGCUGCCAUGUGACAUCACAGGUUUCAAAUGGAACGUGGUUCCACCAGUUGAAGCUGCGUUACUUCGACCACCUGCUGCGGGAGAACAUGACGGCUGUGGUCGCCUGUGAGGAUCCUGCAAUGUGGACCCUGCCGGCGGUGAGCUGCAGGAGCACAGAAGUGGCUGUGAAACUGCCUCAGGGAAGCAGACUGCAGAAGGUGAAGGCUCUGGGGAAAGAUGUGGUGGUUGGGAGGGUGCAGACCACCACUACUCCAGGGCCAGUGUUGGUGCAGAUCUCCACACCGGCAGACAAGGACUCCAUGUUUGAAGUGAUCUAUUUGGAUUCGGCUGGGGAGAUGUCCACGAUGCUGGCGGCUUGUUUCGGUGCAGCCAGAGGAGAUGGGCGGGAUCGUCGGCGCAGAGCUCUGCAACACCAGGACCAGUGGGACUGGGGGGUGAAUCCUCGUCAUUGGCACAAUGUGGAACCCCGACAGAUGGUGGACAAUUCCUCAGAAUACCUGGAUGCAUCAGAUGAUGGCCCUUCUGAUGAGGAUGAUGAAGAGUUGGAUGGUUAUGAGGAGGAUUCAGAUGACGAGUUGGAUGAAGAGCAGUCAGAUGAUGAGGAGUCUGACACCAACAACACAACGGCCAACAUGACUGAUACCCAGACAAACUCCACAAUAGCAGCUCCAACCACAACACUGACGGUGGAAGCUGAAGAAACACUGAACUCCUCGAUGCCUGUAAAACCCAGACUGGGGAGAGGGUUGGCUGACAUGGAGACGUCUGGUGACUCUGAGGAGGAUGACGACACUUUUUCACCUGUAGGACCCAGACUGGGGAGAGGGAUGGAUGACAUAGAGGUGUCUGAUCUCGAAUUCAUGGAUAAUGAUGCUUCUGGGGAUGAGGCGUACGAUGAUGAUUCUUCUGGAGAUGAUUACUACGAUGAGGAUUCUGCAACAGCCAACAUGUUUGAUGCUGAGAUGAAUGCCUUGUUACCUUUUGAACCCAGACUGUGGCGAGGGAUGGAUGACCUGGAGGCAUCUGAUGACUCAGAGGACAUGGAGGAACAUGAGGAUGAUGAUGAUUCUGAGGAUGAUGAUGACUCUGAGGAUGAUGAUGACUCUGAGGAUGAUGACACCUUUUCACCUUUAGAACCCAGACUGGGGAGAGGGAUGGAUGACAUGGAGGCUUCUGAUCCAGAACUCAUGGAUGAUGAUGCUUCUGGGGAUGAGGCGUCUGGGAAUUACGACUCUUCUGGGGAUGACGAGCUGUCUGACAGCAGUGGUGAGGUCUCAGAUGAUUGAUGCUGACAGUUCCACAACCAGCACCUCCAGUACACAUCUGGACCAGUGGCCCCCCCCAGCUCCUAGACCUCCACCACAGAUCCAGCCACAACUGCAGAGGUCCUUAGUCCAACUCCUUGUAUCUCCUCAUUCUCUUUUAAAUAAAGUACAACUUUCCAUCAGA